AGUGAAACCAACACCAUGGCAACCGAGCGCACCCAGAGUUGUGUCCUCGAUGGCUCUCGGAAAGCAGAAGAGGACAGCAGUUCAGAGAAAGGGCGUAAUGAAAUGGACAAACCUUUUUCAACUUGCACAGAUGAAGGAGGCUGGCCCGGCUGCCCUGACCAAGACGGGUCACCUGACAAUACCCUUUCCCCACAAGCUCUGGAUGUGAAACUUCCAGAAGGAUCGUUAGAGGAUCGCGUGAGCAGCACUCCGCAACGCUGUCUCCCUGCUAGCACAGUCUGCCAGAACGCAACCUGCUCACAGGAGGGCGCUAGUGAGCCUCAAAGCCAUAGCCCCGAUGACAGCAAGGGUGCACCAGGUAUUCCGGUUCCAGGGGAAACACCAGCCCCUGGAAACAGGGUUCCCCUUAGCGACCGUCCCAAAAUGGGGUUGGAAAUGAGUGAGGGGUCAACCACCGUGUUGGAAGGGAAGAAAUUCGAAGACAAAGGAAGAUCUGUUGAGGGGUUUUUGAAAGCAGAUGAAGCAGAAGGAAACCAGGGUGAGAAUGCCCCAGAUCCCAUUCCCGGGCAGGCUGGUGAUAGCCUUGACAGUGUCACAGCGGAAUUGGCACUAACCAGAAUUUCAUCCCAGAAAGAUCUGAAAGAAACUCAGCUUGGUCCUCUUCCUGAAGCCACACCUCCAACCAAACUGGGUGCUCUGCGAGAUUCCAGACACAGUGCAGUACCUCAGGAGGACCACAAGAGAGAGCUCCUUCCCCGCUCAGUUUUGCAGCAGGAGCACAAGGAACAGGUGUCCGCAGAGCCGCCACCCCUAGCAACAGUUGUCCCGGAGCUGGCCAAUGAGAGUUCCCUUGGGGAGCUCGGAGUGCUGGAGAGUGGAGAGGGGGAGGGGCUGCGGGAAGGUGGAUUAACAGGUGGAGCUAAGCAGGGAGCAGCCUGUGAGGGAGACGCUGAGGCAGGGAAGGAUAAGAGCCUGGGAUCACAGCUCACAGUAGGCAGUCUGCUUCUUCCAGACACACAAGAGGAGGCUGGCGAGGCUCCCAAUCAACCCAGCAGAAGCAGAAUGGAAAUCGAAAGUGGAGACGGCGCCUCUGAUAACAUGAGCGACAGUGGGGUGUCUGCCGAUUUCUCCCCCGGCAGCACGCUGGAACUUGACAGCACCUCGGACCCUCCUCCUGCCAAUGAGACACCCAUCGAGAGGGGGAUCCGUCUGGCCCAGGAGCGGGAGGAAAGUCUGAGAAGGGCCAGGGGGAUCACCAGACCGUGUGUCUCCGAGGAGUAUGUGGAGAUCCCAAUCAGGAAGCCCAUUUUGUCCCAGCCCUUGCCAUUGGUCUCCAGCAAGGGAAAGGACAGGCAGUUCGCCGGGCUGCAGAUGAAGAAGCAAAUCCAGAUGGAAAGCAAGAGAGAGGAAGACCUGGUGCAGCUGGGGAAGGUCCUGGGAGACUAUGACCGAGGGGCGUGGCAGGAACUGCAGGAGAAGAAGCUUCUCUUUGAGCAGUUCCAAGAGCCAGACUAUCCUGUGUCUAAGAGGCUUUCUGCAUCAACUGACUUUCUGAACGCCAGCCUGGGGCAAAGCGUGCGAGAAAGGAGGAAAAGCUUAGAGUUGCUGGCCCAGAAUCCCUUGGGUGAAGGUUCACACACAUUCUCCUGGAGCUCCUCAAACUCCUCAAGAUCUUCCAAUGGCUCCUCGGCCCCCAGGGGCCCGUCUCUGGCAGAAGGACCCAACGUCAUCAUCUUGGAGAACACGUUCCAGCUUCAUGCUGCCGCUCCAUCUUAUUCUCCCCAGCAGGUCCCCCCACCCAGCCGGUCGAUCGAUUCCCUUCCAGUGGAGAAGAUCAUCAUCCUGGAAUCUGAAAACAUGUUUUCCAGGGCGAGUGCCCCCGAGGAAGUGCCAGCUCUAAACGGAGUCGCCUCACCCACGGAGAACCCCUUUUUUAAGCUUCGUUCAUCCAGGGAGCCCCAGACGCUGGUGGAACAGGACAUCCUGGCAGCCAGGCAGAGGGAGCAGGAGCUGCGGAAGCAGAGGUACAGCCUGUACGGGAACGAGGGGAACCAGGAGAGCGGCAAGCCCAGGGCUGCAAGUACCAAUGGCAGGCACAUUUCAAGAAGCUCCCCCACCCCAUCAGAACGCCUGGCUCAAGGGAAACUGGACGUGACCUGGCCCCCUCCGCAAGCCACCCCCAAACCCAGUGACCCGUCCGAGACUCUGGGAAGCCCUCGUACUCCUGGGCAGAAGAUCGCCCUGCUGCAGCGCUGGGAGGCUGGACUGGUGAACGGACACCGAGACGAUGAGUGACGCGGUGGACACAGUGACGCCUUCCCUCCAGUGCUGGAACUGCCCAGAGACACUGUGAGCUGCCUUCACAGCCAGGACUGAAUAACUUAAAAACUGUCAAACUGAAGAGCGCACUGUGGACAGCUGAGCUUUCAAACGCUUUCCUUUAAGAGCGCCCCGAUAGUACUGCACACAAAGGGUGAUGAGAGAGCUGGCCAGCGGAGAGGCGUCUGUAUUGAUGAUAGGAGUAGUGGCUAGUGUAGAAUUGCCCUGCCCAGUGCAGUGGUAUUGGUCGAGGUCAAGCUGCUGAUGCGGACCGCAGUGUGUGUGUGUGUGUUUUAUAACUGAAGAGUAUUCAUUGUGUGUGCGGCUCCUUUUCAAAUUGAAGGCUUUCUGUUUUAAAUGCUAAAUCACCCAGUAUUUCAUGUUAGAUUUCGAAAUGGCACAUUCUUUUCAAAUUGUCAGG